GGGCUCAGCUGUGAUUCUCAAGCCGCUCAUGACACUCGGAGUUUGGCCACCGCCGGCCGGCUCGCUCGCUUCUACCGGCUACACAUGCGUGUUUUUUUUUCCCGCAGGGAGGAUUUAAUGUCCGCGAAGGACACUGGUGGACUUUUAUUGCGCGUCGCUUUUCGGCCCAUUUUCGGACUACUUUGUCGUGUUUUGCACUUUAAACGCUCAACGAGAGACCCACUCCACCCGGCACCGCCAUCAUGCCGCUGAGCUCAAGUUUGGCGAGUAAGAACUACGAUUACGACUACGACUCUCUGCAGCCUUACUUUUACUACAACAACGAGGAGGAGGACUUUUACCCGCAGCAGCUGCAGGCUCCGGCGCCCAGCGAGGACAUCUGGAAGAAAUUCGAGCUGCUGCCCACCCCGCCUCUGUCCCCGAGCCGGCGGCCGUCCCUGUCCAGCCUGUACCCCUCCACGGCGGAUCAGCUGGAGAUGGUGAGCGAGUUCCUGGGCGACGACGCGGUCAACCAGAGCAUUAUCUGCGACGCCGACUACUCGCAGACCUUCCUCAAGUCCAUCAUCAUCCAGGACUGCAUGUGGAGCGGCUUCUCGGCGGCGGCCAAGCUCAAGAAGGUGGUGUCGGAGCAGCUUGCCUCCUUGCACGCCGCCCGCAGAGAGUCCGCCAACACCACCACCACCAACACCAGCAGCAGCAUCACCAUGACCAUCACCGCCUCAAGCAACGCCUCCUCUGCCGUGCCGACAGACUGCAGUGCCACCGAGCCUGCCGGUUCCGCUGUUUGGAAGCUGAGCAGCAGCUACCUGCAGGACCUUAACACGUCGGCGUCGGAGUGCAUUGACCCCUCGGUGGUCUUUCCUUACCCUGUGGCGGAAACGCCCAAGCGCAGCGCCUCGCCUUGUCGGGACUCGGGAUCGGACAUGCCGGCUCCUAGCGGAAGCAGCAGUUGCAGCGACUCAGAUGAUGAGGAGGAGGAUGAUGAUGAUGAUGAUGAUGAUGAAGAGGAGGAGGAAGAAGAUGAAGAAGAAGAAGAGGAGGAGGAGAUUGAUGUAGUGACUGUGGAGAAGCGGCAGGCGGUGAAAAGAUGCGAUCCCAGCCUAGGAGAGACCCGACAUCCCAGCCCCCUGGUGCUGAAGAGAUGCCACGUCUCCACCCACCAGCACAACUACGCCGCCCACCCGCCCAGCCGGCAUGAGAAGCGAGCCGUCAAAAGGCUCAAGCUAGAAGGCGGCAUGGGAGGAGGAGGAGGCGUCGUGGCGAGCCAGAGCCGCGUCCUCAAGCAGAUCAGCAGCAACCGCAAGUGCUCCAGCCCGCGCACGUCCGACACGGAGGACCACGACAAGCGGCGGACUCACAACGUGCUGGAGCGCCAGCGGAGGAACGAGCUCAAGCUGAGCUUCUUCGCCCUGCGGGACGAGAUCCCCGAGGUGGCCAACAACGAGAAGGCAGCCAAGGUGGUGAUCCUGAAGAAGGCGGCGGAGUGCAUCUGGAGCAUGCAGACGGACGAGCACAGGCUCCUGUCGCUCAAGGAGCAGCUGAGGAAGAAGAGUGAACUUUUAAAGCAGAGACUCUCGCAGCUUCAGGGCGCUUAAAUGUUUUUUGUUUCGUUUUGUUUCCCUUUUUCUUUUUUUCUUUUUUAUGCAAGUUCAAGACUGUACAGCUGUUGCAUGCAAAUGCAGGAAAAAAGGAUGUUCGGAAUCAUUGAUUUCAAUGUUGAAACUGCCUCAAUUGAAGUUAUGGUUGGAUUUAAAUAUUUAAAGUUUAUUUUAUUAAUAAAAUAUAUAAAAAAAAUGGGUGACACAAUUCAGAGUGCCCAAACUAAAAUAUGAAUUUUUAUGUUUUGUAUAUAAUUAAUAUUCCUAAGAAAAUGUAUUUUUGGAUCUUAAUUGUCUGGAUGUUCAGACCCAGUGUUUGUUUUUUCCAUUAUGUUCCUAGAUUCUUUUUUCAAAAUAUAAAAACAAUGGUUCCUGA